AUGGCCGCCUCGCGCGUCGGCGACCCGGCGGAGUCCACGCGCCUGCGCAUCGGCGACGAGAUCGCGUGGUCCGAGAUCAGCGGCGUCUACGACCGCGACGACUCCCUCAAGGAGAACACCAACCCCAAGUGCCUCCUCAAGAACCACCCCGGCGCCAACAACGGCGCCUCGCAGCGGUUCUCGGGCAACCUCAAGCCGACGGCGGCGCCCAUCAUCGGGCUCUCGGGGAAGCUCGGCCAGGGCGGCGGGCGGGGGCGGCACCACCCGCCCGCCAUGUUCCCCAAGAAGGCCAAGACGGGGGGCGGCGGGCGCGCGCCCAGGGCCGCCGUCCCGGAGCCUGGCUCCCCCAAGGUCUCCUGCAUCGGCAAGGUGCUCUCCGACCGCGAGCGCGCGCGCCUCGGCCGCCCGCCGAGGCCACGCGGGGGUAACGGCGGGGGCGGGUGCUGCGGUGGGUUCGCGUUCUUGAUGCGGCGGAGCAGGUCCAGGAACAGCGUCGAGUGCGUCGACCAGUCCCCGCCGCCGCUGCCGCCCCUGCCCGAGGCGGCCAGGCGGAGGGAGACGAAGCCGAAGGAGGUGGAAGCGGCGGCGGCGGAUGCGGUGGCGGCGGCGCCCGGGCUGGGUGGCAUGCGGCGGUUCGCGUCCGGGCGGCGGGCCGCGGAGUGGGCGGCCGAGAUGGACGGCGGCGACGGACGCGUGGCGUCAUCUGGGCCGUUGUAA